UCAUUUACCACAUCAUAAAACUUCUUCUGUUUGUUUUCUAAGCUCCAAUUAAUUAGAGGAGUGAAGCACAACUAUGGAUAGAGGAUUCAGCGACUGUUCUGCGUAAGUCAAUGGAUGGAGCUAUAACUAAGAAAUAUAGAGGAUAAAGCUUUGGUCUCUGGGAGGAGGUUGAGGAGAAAAGGGGUUGGACACGAGACUAACGGGGAAUAUUGGGGGGAGCGUCUGAGAGAAAGGAAGAGAGUGAAAGAAAAGUGAAAUCAAAGGGUUUUUAGGGAGCAAACCAAGAGAUUAUAAGGAAAGUGAUUGGGAGGGGAGAAAAAAGGAGAAUGAUGUGUGAUUUAGGGGGAAAAUAGAGGGUUUUGAUGAAAACUUUCGGUGAUUUUGCAAAGAGCUGAUUAUUAUUAUCGGUUCUUCUUUUGGGGAAAGAUUGAGGGCAAUUAGAAAACAAAAGAGGAUAAAAAGCUUCUCUGGUUUUAGUUACAGCUAAUAGACUGCUAGACUAGAAGUUGCUCGUAGGCUUUGGACGUAUUAAAAAAGCUGGGAACCGUAACCUAAUAAUAAAGAGAAGUCGAACAGAUCCCUAAAUGUCAUUCAACGAUACUCCGCAUAGAAGCAUAAGCCUUGAGCCUUUUAACAGGUUGGUGAAGCUUGCUGCAAGGGCAUUUUAUGAUGAUAUCACAACCAAGGGCGACAAUCAGCCCAAAACUGGGAGGAGUGACAACAGAGGGAUUGCUGUAGUUGUGCUUGAUGCGCUUACCAGACGACAAUGGGUUAGAGAAGAAGAUUUGGCCAAAGAUUUGAAAUUGCACUCGAAACAACUCCGUCGAACUCUAAGAUUUUUUGAAGAAGAAAAGCUUGUAACCCGCGAUCAUAGGAGAGAGACUGCAAGGGGUGCAAAGAUGUAUAGUGCUGCUGUGGCUGCCACAGCUGAUGGUCAACAUACUGGGAAGGGGGAUGAAAAAGUUAAGCUGCACACCCAUUCUUAUUGUUGUUUGGAUUAUGCACAGAUAUAUGAUGUAGUUCGAUACAGACUGCACAGAAUGAAGAAAAAACUGAAGGACGAACUGGAAGACAAGAAUACAGUUCAGGAAUAUGUGUGUCCGAACUGUGGAAGAAGAUAUAAUGCUUUGGAUGCCUUGAGAUUGGUGUCUUUGGAGGAUGAAUAUUUUCACUGUGAAAACUGCAAUGGAGAACUUGUUGCAGAGAGUGAUAAGAUAGCUUCACAAGAAGUAGGGGAUGGAGAUGACAAUGCAAGAAGGCGGCGGCGUGAGAAAUUGAAGGAUAUGCUUCAAAAUAUGGAGGUCUUUUUUUACUAUGGCUAUUAUAUUUGUUGACUGGAUUAGUUCCUU